AUGAUAAAUGAGAUCAUUAGUGAGUCCUUCUCUGGUCUGUCUCAUUUGUCCCCUCCAGGGCUGCUGGUCUUCACUGUAUUCCUGUUCCAGAUGAGACCCUCCGGGAUGUGGCCCACGGAGCUCGUAUGUGACAGGCGACUGAUCCAGAAAUACGUGGCUGAAGCUGUGGACAUGGAGGAAACGUUGAGCCAAUGUGAAGAACUUCCUUUGCUUCUGGAACCCGUACAUUUGCCCCUGGUGGGGUUGAACCUCAGGGUGUGGAAAACAAAGACGAAUGAAGUAAAAACACAGGAAAUCCACCAAGUGUUGAUCAAACUGAUGGAUGGCAUCGCCGCUGCCCAGCGAUCGACGAAUGCGACCUGCCUCCUGGUACGUCUUGAGCAGCUUUAUGAGAAAGCCAACUUCCUCCUUCUGCACUUAAGGAACGCCCAAGGGCAGGAACAAAGCGUAACUACCCAGCCAGAAAACGUCCCCAAGCUGAUUUCGACAAGGAACCUUAAAACUGUCUUCUGGACCUACGUGCAGCUUUUGCAAGGAAAAUUGAACUUCUUGUUCUAUGACCUCCGGAAAGACUCCUGUGCUGAGGGACGUCAACCUGGGGUCACCUUUCCUCCUUAGCACCUUGGUCACGGUCAAGCGGGCACCGAGGAACCCUGCAGGUGGCUGGCAAGAGACAUCUACAAGGGCAGCUAUCGGAGGAAGAAAGCCAUCCGCAUGCCGGGGUGCAAGAACAGGGCUGACCAAGCCUUCAGAAAUGGAGGGUGGGGUAGGGGGGUGGGCUGGUGCUAAAAGGUGAGGGAGAAAAAGAAGACGGUGUGUGUGUGUGUGUUGUGUUAACGCUGGAGGUCCCAGCCUUCUGCAUUUAGUACCAGCUUGCUUCAGCUGCCUGCAAAAA